AUGUUUCUAUCUCCAAUCGAAGCUGUUCCUGAAGCGCCUCUCACGUCCGAUGAUAUCCUUGCAUCGCUGAACAAAAGGAAUAUACUCGGAUAUGCACCAAACAUUGCCCCUUACAGUUCUGUUAUGACAAAAGCUGCUGCGAAUUUAAGAGUUGAAAUAAUGAGCGCGUCGACAGAAGACGAUUUGAACAAUUUGCUAUACAAUCUCUCCAGGGGCACGCCCAUCGAUAAUCCCGAGAAUAAUAUAUGGAAGUAUAGUCUCAGAAGCACAGAGCGUGCGCGAUAUGUAACAGAAGCAGAGUAUUCUUCCCACAAUCCACACUUGCGGAGUGGCGUCCUGGCUGUGCAGCUGGCUGUCAGCCAGGCUAUCUUAGCCCACACGACCGGGGGCGCGGCACAAUUUGAGUUGAGCUUGGCCUCGAUGCCCAUAUCGCCGUUGAUGCAACAGGAACGCGUCAGAAGAGUGAUAUCUGCCAUACUAAUGUGCUUCACACUGGCGUUGCUUCCGCCUGUAUUGGAGACUGAGUCUCUGGUAGUUUCGGAAACGAUAAGCAGAUUUAAACGAUCGCUUUGUAUACGCGGCGUGGAUUAUUCUUCAAUGUACACUGGCUGGCUUAUAUACGCGUAUUUGACUGCUUUACCCACCUGCCUGCUGGCUAGCAUUACUCUGAUUCUAAUCUUCCGCUGGAUCCACCUUCUCUUCGCCUUGAUCCUCGUGCUAGCGUACGUUUCCGUCAUGAUCAUGCUCGCUCUGAUCAUGGCGAUGUUUCAUAAUGAACAACCGCCUACAGCUAGAGAACGAGGAAAGUUACAAGAAGUGGACGAGUUAGUCGCUAAAGCUAUUAGUAUGAGAAAUGUGACAAAGAGCAUAAUGGGCGGUACAAUUCUAAAGAGUAUAACUUUGGACGUAUAUCGAUGUGAAUUUACAAUGUUAUAUUAUGAGCAUAUUCAGGCUAAGAUGCUUACUACGAUAGAAGAUCUGUUGACAGGUCUAACAUAUCCUGAUGAAGGAUCUUUAAAUGUAUUAGGACGGGAAAUAGAGCCAGGGGUCAGUUUUAUGUCGAUACCGUAUAUGCUUGGCUACUGUCACCGCAACGGCUGCCUCAUAGACGACCUUACCGUGCAAGAAAUUCUUACAGUUUACUGUUUUAUUUGUUUAUGGAACGAAUCCUCUGAUUACGUCACGGAGUACACUCAUAUUCGUUUGACACGACUCCUGCCUGAAUGUGACUUGGAAGGUGUAAGACAUGAGUAUAUACGAAACUUGGGCAUUUACUACAAAGCACAGCUUUGUUGGGCAAUCGCCAUGUUAAUAGAGCCUAGACUAUAUAAAAAGUAUAUAACUAUUGUUAAAUUGUGCUUCACAAGUAUUUCGCUGGAAUACGCGGACCGAGUGUUCAUUUUCGACAAUAAGAUACUUGUUUUUGGCGGCACUCCGGCUUUUAUGUUUUCCAAAUAUGGUCGAGAUUACAGAGUCCGUGUUACAUUCAGAAGCGGAAGCCAAUCUAAUGAAUUGAAUGUAAAUGAAAUGUUGCGCAGAACUUCUGAGGCGGGAGCGACGAUUAGAGCCCAUUUAGGUUCUUUACUCAUAUUACGACUACCAGCAAACCCCACUGCCAAAGUCGCAGAGCUGGUGAAGGAACUUACAGAGAAUUCUAGAAAAUACGGUAUUAUAUCUAUGAAUAUUAGUAUACCAGACACCGAAGAGAUAAUUUCAGCUUUAGUAACUGGGAUUUUCAUUGGUCUUUCUUUGGCUACGGUAUUGGGUGAGAUGGAGAUAGAUAGAAAUACAAAGACAAUUUUCCAUGGCGAGUUAUUAACUGUGGAGGCUUUAGAACAAAAAACAAAUUUAAUAUUGCGAUGUGAUAAUUCCAGUGCCGCCAGAUCGAUAGCCAAUGCUUAUGUUUUUUCUGAAAGAAACGCAACUGAGAAGGAAGUUGGUAAUAUACAAUAUACAGCACUGUUAUAUCCGGAGAGUUUGACUGAAUACCUCGUAACUCGCGCCAUCGAUUCACCCCAGCAAUACGUUUUCAUGUUUGCUUACGGACUGGACAUUUCUAUGAAAAAUAAUACGGUCAAUCUACAAGUGCUCUACAGUCCCCUGCACGUCGACCGCGGGGCGGCGGCGAGAUCUUUAGCACGAGCAUUCAUGGCAUUGAUGCGGCACUACUCCUUGCUGUUGGAUUCAUCCAUUCAAGUGACGGAUGAUCCGCUUGCAUUGGACCUAACCACCUGGUUGAAGACUGCCUCAGCACCGCCAAUAUUUAUUCAGUUUUUACUUAUUCUUACAAUAUCACAUAUUACUCUAAUACCUUCUAAGGAAAGUGGAUUUGUAAGGCACAUGCAGACUCAUGCAAUGGAUUUCUCUCCAGCACGCUAUUGGUUUAAUUUAUUCCUAUGCGAUUUUAUACUAUAUUGCAUCUUAGUAGCGCUUAUGUCCGCCGCAAUGCUUGUGAUAAUGGUGCUGGUAGCGCCUAUGACUUUCUAUUACAGCGAUUUGGUAGUUAUCCCGAUAAUAUUAACAGUGUAUGGAAUAGGCUGCAUCCCACAAGCAUAUCUAUUCAGUCUAGGAUCACGCGUUGCACUCAAUAUGAUGACUUUUGUUAUAUUUAACAUAGUAUUUGGUGAAACUACAGUCAUAGCAAAACUACUGUAUGGCAACGCAUUGAGCUAUGCUCUCAACUUCAUGUCCUUGUCUCCUCAAUUCAACAUGGCUUAUGCUUUCGUUAAGAUCAAGAAGAUUUUUCUUUAUAAUAGCGAAUGUAUAGUUUUCCAUCGGAAAAACCUUUGUUCCUCCAAAACUUUGCAUAAAUGCUGUCCUAAAUGUGGUGUUCUACAACAAUGCUUCUCUCGAAAGUUUUACUUAUCUGAGAACAGUGGUGUACUUAUGGAAAUAAUUGCUACAUUGUGUACUGCAAUGGUUUACUCGGUAAUACUGUUACUGUGGGAGUACAAAUACAUACAAAGGUCUUGGAAAUUCGUGAUGUCCAAAUGGAUCUAUCCAAACAAACUCUCGCACGAGGCAGACGGCGAAGGAGUCAGGCAAGAAAUGGAAGACGCAUUGCAUAAACAUAUGAAUCUAAAGAAAAAUCAAAAAAAUAAAAUAGACACUUUCGGCGAGCGUCUUCUCGCGUGUAACGUAUCGCAAAGACGAUUUGGAAAGAACUUUAUUCAUAACAUCUACUUGGGGUUAGGUAAAGGAGAGGCUCUGGCGAUUUCAGGCCUUUUAGAACAUGGCAGGCUCAGAUUAUGUCAGAUUUUAGCCGGUUAUAUAUUACCGAGUGAAGGAGACCUGUGGUGCGUAUCGAAAUGGACACUAAAUAGAAAUCCUCAUAAGUACGCGAGUCAAGUAACAUUUAGCUGUAGCGAUGAUCCCCUCCCGCAAUGGAUGACUGUUUACCGCGCGCUGGAAAUGAUAGCGACUCUACGAGGAGUUCCUCAAACGUAUUUAGAUCAAGAAGUCAUGGAUUAUGUCGAUGCUCUAGAACUUCACCAAGAAGUUGGCACUCUUAUACUCGAUCUAUCAGCAAAUGAACGCGCUCGAUUACAUUUCGCUGCCGCCGUCGUCGGAGCUCCGCCUAUUGUGAUUCUCGAAGAAUGUACCGCGUACCAAAAGUACUCAGUUCGAAGAGCUAUGUAUUGUAUCUUGUAUAAUUUGAGAAAACGUGGUCAUGCAGUCAUCAUGAGCUCCAGCAGUGUUGAAAGUCACCUGCCAGUAACAAACCGUUUAGCUAUUCUUGUGGACGGUCGCAUCUAUGAUAUUGAUCAAGUAGACAACCUUGUGGAGCACUAUAGCGAAAAAGGAUACACAGUAGUUCUCAAUCUGAAAGAUGAAAUUAACAUUCAAUCUAUAUUUUUAACGUAUUUCAAGAAUAUUGUCCUAAAUGAUAUCUCUGGGGCUCUAGUAAAUGUGCAAGUAUUAGACACAGAUUUAGACUGGGCUAGCAUUUUCAACAAAAUGGAGAAACUUAAAGCUGAAAACAAGCAAGUCGACUCUUACAUCGUAUCAGCUAUACCCAUAGAUUACAUUUACAAUUCAAUUUUAAGCCACGAGAGCGGUAGAAAAUAUGUCGAACCACAAAAAUCUUGUUGCUACAACUACCUUUUUUCUCAAAAACCAAAGAUUAAUCCAAAGCAACAAACGUUGGAAAAACUACUGCCUUUCGAAAAGAGGUUUAAUGUUAUAAAGCUAAAAGAAUUACCUUGGUCUGUCAUAUUUAACAAA